AUGUCGCCCAUUUCAGAAGUUACUGAGCGCGCCGCAAAGAUUGACAUCUUUCACAACUAUCAAAAUUCGAUCGAUGGAAAAUUAGUGGGCACUGAGCUCCUUAGAUAUGCCAUCAACCCAGCUACUGGCGAGCCCAACGAGUUGGUGCCCAUUUCCACGCUGCAGGAUGUCAACACUGCAAUGGACGCAGCACAGACUGCAUUCGCCUCUUGGCGCAAGAGCGCCUACGAAUUUCGCAAGGCAUGUCUGUGCAAAUUCAUCGAGUUGGUGAAAGAGCACGGCAACGAUUUCGUGACGCUCUUGACAAAGGAGCAAGGAAAACCACUCAAGUUCGCGACGAUCGAAUACGAAAAGACCAUCGAAUGCAUGCAGGCAUUCGCCGACCUGGAACUGAAAGAAGAGGUGGUACAGGAAGACAACGAAACACGUAUAGUGUGCCGAUAUACACCACUGGGUGUUUCCGUAGGCAUUGUUCCAUGGAACUUUCCUCUCCUCCUCGCCUGCAUCAAGAUGGCUCCUGCAACACUAGCGGGCAAUACGAUUAUCAUCAAGCCUUCACCAUUUACACCUUACUGCGGUCUGAAGCUGGUUGAAUUGGCGCAACAAUGUUUCCCACCGGGUGUCGUCCAGGCGCUGAGUGGUGACGACAAUUUGGGGCCGUGGCUAACUGCACACCCUAUCCCGGAGAAGAUUUCUUUCACCGGAUCGACAGCCACGGGUAAAAAGGUCAUGCAGGCCGCGGCUGCAACUAUGAAGCGUGUUACCUUGGAAUGCGGUGGCAAUGAUCCAGCCAUCGUCUGUUCAGACGUUGAUAUUGAAGAAACAGCAGAGAAGCGGAUUUAUGUCCACGAGUCCAUUUAUGAAGAAUUCCGAGAUGCGAUGGUCCGUAUUAUGAACACAUACAAGAUCGGAAAUGGGGUCGACGAGGGUGUGUUCCUAGGCCCAGUACAGAACAAAAUGCAGUUCGACCGGGUUCAAGGGUUCUUCGACGAUAUCGAGAAAGAAAAUUGGUCUGUCGCGACUGGUGGCAAGAACACUGACAGGUCUUCUGGUUACUUCGUCACUCCUACUUUAAUCGAUAAUCCCCCAGAUGAUAGCAGAAUCGUGCAAGAGGAGCCUUUUGGUCCGAUAGUACCCUUGAUGAUCUGGAACAACGAAGAUGAUGUUAUUUCUCGUGCUAAUGACACCCGGAUGGGUCUUGGAGCUUCAGUCUGGUCAAGAGAUCUCGACCAAGCAGGCCGAAUUGCACGCAAUGUCGAAGCUGGAUCCGUAUGGGUGAACACCCAUUACGCGUUGCAACCCGCAGUUCCGUAUGGUGGUCAUAAGGAGAGUGGCAUUGGGUUGGAAGCUGGAAUGGGGGGCCUAUUGGCGUUUUGCAAUGCACAAUAUCUGCACCUGAAAAAAUGA